AUUUUUCAGACACAUCUCUCACACUCGAAAAGGCGGAGAAAAGUGUGAAAAUUUGUCAAAUUGUUCAAUAAAUAACGUAAAAUUUGUAAAUAAAGCAAAUAAAAUACGUGUUGCCCGCGUGUAGAAAUAAAUAGUUUGUAUGCGUCGCUUGAAGAAAUUGUCGAAGAGUCACAGCGUGACGGGUACGCAAGAAAGCGAUGCAGCGCCGACGACGACCACAGCAACAACAACGGCGCCCGAUGCGGCGACCCUGACGGAUGCCAAUGGAAAUGGCGGCAGUGUGAAUAAAGAAACACUACUCAAUACAGAUAUUUUUAAGCACUUUGAUAAGUCUGGCCGAAACGAAUUCUUGAAGUACUUGAAGCAACAGUUGCAGGAUAGCCCAGAAAGUCCAGUUUUCGAUCGGCAUGGCACAUUUAAGCGCGGGAUCUCAAACGCCAUAUACGAGUUGCUUUGGCAAGCAUUGCGCUACAAGCUCAAGAAAGAUGUCGUGCUGCAUGUGCUCACAGAUGUUGUGGCGCUGCAUAAGGAGUUUCCCAGUCUUAUAUUGGACGUGGUCAAUAUUCUGGAUAGUGAGACAUCGUUGAUGACUGAGGGCUUACAGGAGGAGCGGCAUGGAUUUGUACAAAUUGUUAAGGAUCUGGACAAGGUGCUGCCGGAGAGUUUGCUUAAGGAACGCUUGGAAAUUGAUACGCUGCAGGAAGUUGGCAUUGUGAAGAACAAAAGUUUCUACACUAAAUUCAUCAAAGUCAAGACUAAGCUCUACUACAAACAGCGCCGCUUUAAUCUUUUUCGCGAGGAGAGUGAAGGAUUUGCAAAGCUUAUCACGGAAAUGAAUCAGGAUUUCGAGGAGCACACAACACCUGACACAAUAAUGGAUAUCAUAAAAUCAUUGAUUGGCUGCUUCAAUCUUGAUCCCAAUCGCGUACUGGAUAUUAUCAUUGAAUCUUUUGAGACGCGCCCCGAUCGCUGGAAACUUUUUAUACCUUUGCUGCGGAGCUAUAUGCCCACCGGCGCCAUUAUCUGUGAAGUUCUCGGCUACAAAUUCUGCCACUUUAAGGCGGCACGCACGCCCCGUUCGUUAUACCAUGUGUGUGCUUUGCUGCUCAAGCAUGGAGUCAUUGAACUGAAUGAUGUAUACGUCUGGUUAACGCCCAAUGAUGGCAGCAUACGUGCACAGUGGGAGGAGGAGCUUGCCGACGCCAGGGAAAUGGUACGCAAACUUCAUGUGAUCUCCACUAACAAGAAGGAGGAUGACAAAGAGCCACCACCGCCACCAACAACUAAGAAAUUUGAUGAGGAGAAAUACAAUGCUAAUCAGAAGUUUGGACUGUGCGAGGCAUUGCUCAAAGUUGGAGACUGGGACAAUGCACUCAAAAUCAUACAGAAACUGCCAGAUCAAUCAGUUGUGGUUCAAGAUCCAAUCGCACGCGCUAUCGUGGAGUUGGUACAUCUGUCAGUCGAGCAGAUUUAUUACAAGAAAGUCUUCAAAGCUCCUGCCGGUCGUAAGCCCAGCCGCAAUCGCUUGUACGACGAUGCCGCCCUGGUGGCUAAGAUGCAGGCGCAGGACUUUGGCGAUUUGCGCAAAUACACAUGGCCCAUGGCCAAUGUUCUGGGUCCAGCAAUGCACUGCGACACGGUGUUGAUGUACAAACUGGUGCGCAUUAUGGGCAAAAUAUUAUUGGACAUGGGCGUGGACAACUUGAAUGGUCCACCUCCGAAUUCGGAGCAGGAACAGCAUUAUUACGAUAUCAUUACCUGUCUGGAUGCCAGCAUAUUGCCCUCGUUGCUAUAUUUAGAUAGCAAUUGUUCCAUGUCCGAAGAGAUUUGGGCUGUGCUUAAGUUCUUUCCAUAUCAUUUGCGCUACAGCAUGUACGCGCGCUGGAAGAAUGACAGUUAUCAGAUGCAUCCGAAUCUUAUACGUCGCUGCGGUCUGGCACAGCGGGACAUAAAGGCACUUAUGAAACGUGUGAGCAAGGAGAAUGUCAAGCCCUUGGGGCGUCUAGUAGGCAAAUAUAGUCACUGUACGCCUGGUCUGCUUUUCGAUUAUAUCCUUGUUCAAAUUCAAAUUUAUGACAAUUUAAUUGGUCCGGUCUGUGACAUGCUUAAGUACUUGACUGCUCUAUCGUUUGAUUGCCUGGGCUAUUGCAUCAUUGAAUCGCUUACCAUGACGGGUCGCGGCCGAUUUAAGGACGACGGCACCUCGCUCUCAUUGUGGUUGCAAAGCCUUGCUUCCUUCUGUGGCACCAUCUACAAAAAGUACAGCAUCGAAAUGAGCGGCCUGCUUCAGUAUGUAGCCAACCAACUGAAGUCGCAGAAGAGUCUGGAUUUGCUAGUUCUACGCGAACUUGUCCACAAAAUGGCGGGUGUGGAGUCAUGCGAAGAGAUGACAAACGAUCAGCUGCAAGCGCUUUGUGGCGGUGAGCAGCUGCGUGGCGAGGCGGGCUACUUUAGCCAGGUGCGCAACACAAAGAAGUCUUCGAAUCGCUUGAAGGAGGCGUUAGCCAACAACGAUCUCGCCGUCACACUUUGCCUGCUGAUGGCUCAGCAGAAACAUUGCGUUAUAUAUCGUGAAACGGCUGCUCAUAGUCACUUGAAGCUUGUGGGCAGCUUGUACGAUCAGUGCCAGGAUGCACUGGUGCAGUUUGGCACAUUCUUGGGCUCCACCUAUUCGGUGGACGAGUAUGUCGAACGCCUUCCAUCAAUUAUUACCAUGUUACGUGAAUACCACAUUAACACCGAUGUAGCCUUCUUCCUGGCACGCCCCAUGUUCACGCACCAGAUUAAUCAAAAAUAUGAUCAAUUGCGUAAGGCGGAUCCCAAUGCCAAAAAGCUGACGACAGCCCAAAAGCUGCAAAAGUAUUUGGAGGCGACGCAGUUGAUUAUGAAUCCCAUUGUGGAGUCUGUGCGACCGUUGCACAGCGCCAAAGUCUGGGAGGACAUAAGUCCCCAGUUUCUGGUCACAUUCUGGAGUCUGAGCAUGUACGAUUUGCAUGUGCCGAAUGAGAUUUAUCAGCGAGAGAUUGGCAAGUUAAAGCAGUUGGCACAGCAAGCUGCCGAUGGAAAGGACUCGAACCAGUCCAAGAACAAGAAGGAGCAGGAGCGCUAUAUUGCGCUCAUGGAGAAGCUAAAUGACGAGCGUAAGAAACAGCAUGAGCAUGUGGACAAAAUUCUGCAACGUCUGCAAGAGCAAAAGGAUGGCUGGUUUCUGUUGCGCUCCGCCAAAUCAGCGAAAAAUGAUACCAUUACACAGUUCCUGCAGCUAUGCCUCUUUCCGCGCUGCACCUUCACUGCCCUGGACGCGCUUUAUUGUGCCAAGUUCGUUCAGACUAUACAUAAUCUGAAGACGGCGAAUUUCUCCACGUUGCUAUGUUACGAUCGGCUCUUCUGCGACAUUACAUACUCUGUCACAUCUUGCACGGAGGGCGAGGCGACGCGUUAUGGUCGCUUUUUGUGUGCCAUGCUGGAGACGGUAAUGCGUUGGCACGCGGAUCAGGCUGUUUUCAAUAAGGAGUGUGCCAAUUAUCCUGGCUUUGUGACCAAAUUCCGCGUCAGCAAUCAGUUCUCGGAGGCCAACGAUCAUGUUGGCUACGAAAACUAUCGACAUGUUUGCCACAAGUGGCACUACAAGAUCACAAAAGCGAUUGUGUUCUGUCUUGAUUCUAAGGACUUCAUGCAAAUACGUAAUGCGCUUAUCAUACUGAUGCGCAUUCUGCCCCAUUAUCCGGUGCUAUCCAAGCUAGCUCAGAUCAUCGAACGCAAGGUGGACAAAGUGCGCGAGGAGGAGAAAACCAAGCGACCGGAUUUGUUUGCCAUCGCCUCCAGCUAUAUUGGCCAGUUAAAACUAAAGUCUCCUCAUAUGUUCAAAGAGAGUGAUUUCCAUCAGGUCGCCGAGCGGCCGGUAAAGGAAGCAGCGCCCGCAUCCACCGGUAGCGCCGUCAAGGUGCAGCCCGGCGACAAAGCGAGUGCAUCUGCUGCCACAACGACGACCACACCAACGACGAAAACGGUCAGUAGUGCACCCUUCUAUGAUCCUAAGGCAUCCGGGAAAGAGCCGGACGCGAAGACUGCUCAAUCAGCGCGUGGCGAUGCCAAGCUCAGCAGACCGGAGGGCACGGCAUCUAAUGUGGUCUCCAUCUCAAAAGCCGUUUCAGCGCCAUCGAACAGCGAACGUGAGAGCAAGAGAGAUGCGUCAACAUCAGCGGUCAGGGAAACCCAAUCUCAUCGGAACAUGGAUGCCAAGGAAGAGCAGCAGCAGUCCAAUAGCAGCAGUACUAACCACAACAACAACAACAAUAGUAACAGUAACAAUAGCAACAGCAAUGGCGGACAAAACGAACGACGCAGCCGGGAGAGGGAUCGGGAACGUGAAGAGCGCCACAGCUUAAGCAGCACGCGCAGCUCACAGCGUGAGAGCAAUCGGAUCAGCAAUAAGGAACGUACGGAGGCCGAGCUGCAGCAGCGAGCACGCGAGCGCACACAGCGUCUUGAGGAGCUGGAACUUGCCGCCAUGCGGGCACAGAAACGGGAGAAGCUAUCACGACGCGAUGAGCGAAGCCAGCAUCGGCAUGAGGGAGUUGAAACAGUUGAUCUGGUAACGGGCGGCGGCAACAGCGGCCAGGAUCAUCGCCACUACGAUGACUACGAAGGACGUCAAAGGGACCGUGAUCUGAGUUCGGUGUCCAAUGAAAGCAACGGUUCGCUGCAGCAUCGACGUAGCCACGAAACAAUUGAAUAUGAUAAAGAUUCAAAGCGUCGUAAAUUGGAAUCAUCUACAAGCAGUUCAAAGAAGGUAGAAGAGCUCGUAGAUAGUGUGAAGAAAGCGCGCGGCCUGAAGACCAAAGAGCGCAACAAGGACAAGCUGUCUGAUGAGGAGCGUGAUGCGCGCAAGGAUCGUAAGCUAGGACGGAAGCGAGACCGCAACGAGGAGUCCAGCACCAGCGACCACAAGCGUCGGCGUGAAGCACAAAACGGCGAUGAGGACAUCCGCGAACGGGAACGCCAUAGAGACAAAUCCAGAGAACGCUCACAUGACAAAUUCGAUCGAGAACGUGGUGGCGGUGGAGGUGGUGGCAGUGCGCGAGGUGAUGAUCGUCAAUACAGUAUCUCGAAGUCGACACGCUCCUCGAGAAUGAACUACUGAACGCAUGAGGCCGAAUUCCCGUAUUGUGAAGAGCAUUUGGUUUAA